AUGACUUCCCGUGUCACAGUUCAACAGGUUAUGGGCCGCACUUCGGCUUAUAUUAAUCUUACUUCCUCUGAAAAACUCACUCCUCUCAACUAUCAUGUCUGGGCUACUAAGAUCCUUUUGGGUCUUCGUGCUAUGAAUAAUGGUGUCCACCUUUAUGUCGAAGCUGGUACUGUCAAUCCAGCUGCUAAUGAAUCCCUCGAAGACCUCACCGCCUCGCUUGAUACCGUCGUCCAUGAUGUCAUCCUCAACAACAUUUCUCCUGAAUUGAUCGAACAUGUUAAUGAUGUGGCCAUUAGAGGCCGUGACCUCUGGCUUUAUCUUCAUCAGGAGUAUAGUCAACUUCAACCCGCCGAUGUCAUCUCACUUAUGAAAUCCCUCUAUGCUGGCAAUAUUGAUGUUGGUCCAAAGUUUGUUUCUUCUGUUCGUUCUUAUGUUGCUACAUGGCGUUCCAUCUACCAAUCAUUGUCGCCUGAUUCGGUUGUGGCCUUCAAUGUUGAGCAUGCAAUGUUGUCGCAGACUAGUGCAGUUGAUAAUGUACGUGAGUUUGGGUGGGAAACUAUGGUUGACAAUCUAUGUUUAUUUUAG